AUGAUUAAAUUGGAAGCACAUACAUUUCACAACAAAAAUGUAUCUCAGCCUGUGUUGAUUUAAGAGAAAUCUCCUAUUUUUUAAGUAAGGCAAAAGAAAAUUACUUUCAGGAUAGAAUAGAUCAAUAAUGAUUCCAACUUCUUCAUUCAAGUAUAUUAAACAAUCUAAUCCAACAGACUGAAGAUUCAUAAGAAAUCAUUCUAAUCAAACCAGACAAUCCAGAUUUCAUUAUGAAUGACUUCACUAAAAUUGCUAUUCAGGAGGACAUCUCAGAUUUCCAAGCCUUGGAGUUCCACAACCGAGCUACAAAAUUAUUAGAAUUUUAUACUUUAAAUUAGUAAUUACUUCUCAUCACAUAGAAUAUAAGUUUAAUACACAUCUGUCCUAUUCUCCAAAAUCAAUUACGCCAUCAUACUGAAGAGAUAUGCAGCAUACGAUGAAUCCUUAAAUUUACUGUUAGAUUGUGAGUAGAUUCUCAAAAUUAAAGGAAAAACCUUAAAAAAAGGCACCUUUGAUGUUCUCCAAAUAGCUAGGAUGAUAUAGAAUAAAUUACUUAGAUUGAGAAUACUCUUUCAAAUCACCUUGCUAUUUUCAGAAACCAAAAGGUAUUCAUUCCAAUUUUUAGAUAAGAAAUAAAUAGGCCUUAGAAUUAGCAAAAGAUGCCUUAAAAGUAUUAAGGAACAUUAUUUAAUUAACAAUUAAAUUAUGCUAACAAAUAACUCUAUUUAACAAUAUUAAUAAAAAAUAAAGAGCAAAUUCAGAAAUCAAUUCUCCAAUUUAAAAAAAUUCACAAUCACAGUCUGUUUGCUAACCAUAGUAAUAACCAUCGGCAUUGAGCUAUCCACAGAUAGUGGAAAUAGUGUUUAAAGAAAUAUUAAAUUCAAUUAGGAGUGUUAUGCCUUAUGAUGAAAAGUAGAAUGAGAAUGGGAGUUAAAAUAAUCUUUUAGUUCGCAAUCAUUAAAAUAGAAGUUAAUCUUUAUUUACAACAGAACAGAUCUUUCAGACUCAAAAUAGCAAUUAAUAAAAUAAACUAUUCACAAUUAUUGAAGACAACCAUCCUAUGUUGUAAAUGCAAAUAUUAGGACUAAUGCAAUUGACUUAUGUAGAUUUAGAGGAACUAUUUCCAAUCAAUAAUCAUGACAUGGUUUUAGCCGAAGAAGUAAUCUUAGAGUUGGUACUUCAUUCUAUUUUACCUUUUAGAUGAUGCUCACUGGAUUAAGUUUUUACAGUAUCUCAACAGAAUUACGAUUCCUGAAUAAUCAACAAAAUAAAAUGAACAUUGAAAUCUGGUUAGGAAAGGCGUUGGAAAUGUUUUACACAUUUAUUCCACAUUCAAGUUUAAUCUUCACUCAGAUCUAUUAGGUUUAUCAAAAAUUGUAUGGAGUGGAUAAGCAAUCAAUUGUAAUUUAGUUUUAUCAAUAUAUUAGCCUGAAGAUGAAGAAGUAGAAUACCAUACCAAAUUGCUAAAACCUCAUGCCUUUAAUAAUAAAGCCACACUCUCGAAUAAAGUUGUAAUCAUCGUCAAAGUCCCUAUCUUAAAUAAGUAAACAAAAGAACCACUAAGAAAACCGAAUCAACCCAAUUCAACUAUCACGAAACUCCAACAAUCUCUAACUGCAAAAAAACAAAUUCUAUUUCCAUAAAAACAUUCUGUCACUCAAUAUGAAACUGAAAAGAAAGUCGAAACCUAAUAAGAGGAACCUGAAAUCUCACCAAAACAACAAUAACAACUAUUUAUAAAGAAAAAUAGAAUUCUCUAACCACAAUUUGAUAUCAAGUAAAGAGUAGAAAUAUUAAUGAACCAAAUUUUAAAUUAACAAGCUAAACUCACUUAAGAAAAGUUAAAAUAGAAACACACACCUAUUACCACUCUCAAAUAGAAGUAUCAUAUUAGCAAUAAGGUUUACGAAGAACCUAAAUUGCUUAAUCUCGCAACUUCAUAGCAAUUAAAAACUGCAAUUCCUGUUAGCAGAUCAUUGUCGAACUCUCGUAAAGCAAGUCAAACCCAUUUGAAAAGCCAGAAUAACAACAGUGCAAAGACUGCUUAAUUGAGAUAUCGAACUUAGAUCAACACUCUACCAGGAGAUGAAUCUUCAAAAUAAAUUGCUUAAUAGAUUUCUACCUAGGUUGCUAGUUUAAAUCGGCAAUCCAAUGUAAUAUUCUCAUUCCAUAAAUAGAAAUACUUCCUACUGAAACGGAGUGAUUCUGCCAAAAAAUCAAAAAUUCCAUUUCAAUGA